GUUGGCAGAUCGGAGAUGGAGGGGGAGAGGGGGCGGGUGCUGGUGGUGGGCGGGAGCGGCUACCUCGGCCAGCACCUCCUCGCCGCGCUCGCCGCCGGGGGCGACGGCGGCGUCGACGUGGCCUUCACCCACCGCCGCGGGGCGGCGCCGCGGCCGCUGCUCGACGCGCUCCCAGGCGUCCGCGCCUUCCGCGCCGACCUCCGCUCCGGCGACGGGCUCGAGGCCGUAUCCGCGUCCUUCGGCCAGCCACAUGUGAUUGUGAACUGUGCUGCAAUCUCGGUUCCCCGGGCGUGCGAAACGGACCCAGCUGCUGCCAUGGCUACUAAUGUGCCUUCUUCACUUGUCGAUUGGUCACUGAGCUUCGGGAAUGACAAGACUCUUUUGAUUCAUCUCUCCACAGAUCAAGUUUAUCAGGGGGUGAAAUCCUUCUACAAAGAGGAGGAUGAGACACUGCCCGUGAACAUGUAUGGCAAAUCAAAAGUUGCUGCAGAGAAGUUCAUUACUGAGAAAUGCUCAAACUAUGCAAUCUUGAGAAGCAGCAUCAUUUACGGGCCACAAACAAUCUCUCCUAUUGAAAAAUCGCUCCCUAUCCAGUGGAUGAACGCUGUCCUUUCACAAGGCCAGCAAGUUGAUUUUUUUAAUGAUGAGUACCGCUGCCCAGUUUAUGUAAAAGAUAUGGUGGAUGUAAUAUUGUCUUUGACAAAAAGUUGGUUAUCAGAUGGCAAAAAAGUUCAGUUACUUCUGAAUGUCGGUGGACCAGAUAGGGUUUCAAGACUGCAGAUGGCUGAGUCUGUUGCUGAAGUUCGUGGAUAUAGCAAGUCGAUGAUCAAAUCUGUGCCUGCAUCAUCGGUUAACCGGGGUGUAGCUUCACCGUCAGACAUAUCCAUGGAUAUCACCAGGCUAACUCAGACGCUUGGUAUCCAGCCGAUUACAUUCCUGGAUGGAGUCAGAGCUACACUUGACGCAGAAGCCAGUACAUGAUAUUCAUAAAUUGUUUGUUCAAGUUCCUCCACAAAAUAUCGAAGUGUGACAAUUUCUGGAUGGAGUCAGAGCUACACUUGACGCAGAAGCCAGUACAUGAUAUUCAUAAAUUGUUUGUUCAAGUUCCUCCACAAAAUAUUGAAGUGUGACACAAAGAACCCCCUUUCUUUUACCUGACAAAGAACCCGUACUAGUUUGCCGAAAUUGCAGCAGCGGUAGAUUCUGUUGGAUCUGUAUGCGUGAAAGAUGUAACUUUGCUACCAUCGAACAACUUGCCCUUGGUUUUACUGUCUGUACCAUUCUGAAUAAAAAUGGCAUCCAUGUGUGUUCUUCAGAAGUCUGUACUUCUGGUCUGCGACAUAUACCGUUACCAUAUAUCACCGAUGAAGAAUCUUUUCACUCCGAUGAA